GCAAUAAGGUUCUCAAUUGACCAGUCCAGCUGAAUGUAACAUUCUUUCUCCAAGUAACGAGGAAAAGGAAGCACAAUGCGAUCUACAAGCCACUAUUUUUUUUUGAAUAAUUGACAUAUAGUAGAAGCCACUUUCCUUUGAGAUCUAACUGGAUUUCUUGCCCAUUUUGAUGCAUUGCAUGUUGUUGCCGUCUAAAUGAAGCAAGUCCUCUCUCAAAUAUUUUCAAAGAUUUGCUUGCCGUAAGGUGGGCCAUGUAUUUUUCUGAUUUGGAAAAGGAUCACUGCUACUACUGAGACAAAAUCCAAGGAAAGGGCAAAGAAAAGCAAAAACCUGAGUUUAAGAACCUAUCAAGCUCUGCUUUAAAUACACCUGAUCACUUGGCCUCCACAGCAACAAAUUCCACAGAUUCAUCACCCUCUGGCUGAAGAAAUUCCUUGUCGUCUCUGUUCUAAAGUGCAUGAAGAUUUGAAGCUCAGUAACAGUGCAGAUAAUUCAAGGUCUUGGUAUCGUGCAGAAGAUGUCAGGCUCAUACGACGAAUCCAGUGGAUUAGAGGAAACGACUGACAGUUUCUGGGAGAUUGGCAAUUACAAACGCUCAGUGAAGCGCAUUGAUGAUGGACACAGGUUGUGCAAUGAUCUUAUGAACUGUGUCAAUGAACGGGCAAAGAUAGAGAAGUCCUACUCUCAGCAGUUGACUGACUGGUCUAAAAGGUGGAAACAGCUCAUUGAGAAAGGAUCACAAUAUGGCACUCUAGAGAGAGCCUGGAUGGCAUUGAUGGCUGAGGCAGAUAAAGUGAGCGAGCUACAUCUGGAGGUGAGGAAUGCAUUAACCAGUGAAGAUUUUGAAAAGAUCAAGAAUUGGCAGAAAGAUUCCUUUCAUAAGCAGAUGAUAGGAGGCUUCAAAGAGACCAAAGAAGCAGAGGAUGGAUUCCGGAAAGCACAGAAACCCUGGGCUAAAAAACUAAAAGAGGUGGAGGCAGCCAAGAAAGCUUAUCACCUGGCCUGUAAAGAGGAAAAGAUGGCAGCCACAAGAGAGGCAAACAGUAAAGCAGAACAGUCUGUUACUCCAGAACAACAGAAGAAGCUACUGGACAAAGUAGAGAAAUGUAAACAGGAAGUGCAGAAGACAAAAGAGAAAUAUGAGAAAGCCUUGGAUGAAUUAAGUAAAUGUACACCACAGUACAUGGAGAAUAUGGAGCAAGUGUUUGAACAGUGCCAGCAGUUUGAGGAGAAGCGACUGGUUUUCUUCAGAGAAGUGCUGCAAGACAUCAAACGACACCUAAACCUCACUGAAAACAACAAUUAUGCCAACAUUUACCGAGAGCUGGAGCAGGUUAUCCGGAUUGCAGAUGCACAGGAGGAUUUAAAGUGGUUCAGCGCUACACAUGGACCUGGAAUGGCAAUGAAUUGGCCCCAGUUUGAGGAAUAUUCUCCAGACAUGACUCACACUAUUGCAAAAAGAGAGAAAGUAAAAAAGGCUAAUGAAGGUGUUACUCUGACUAAUGUCUCACCAGGGGGAGAGCAGGUGACUCACAAUGUCGAUCGGGGCAGCCCUAGUAUCUGCCAGAAUAAUGAAAGAAGUUGCAAUAUUAACCCUUUUGCUGAGAAUGAAGACAACCAGCAGGUGAAGGAAGUCCAGAAGGAGGAAAAGAAAAUCGUGAGCAGCUACGAGAAGAAUCAGGCAUACUCUGCUGAAUGGUCUGACGAUGAAACCAAUAACCCCAGCACAAAUGAUGCCAAUGGAGGAACAAAUCCUUUCGAUGAAGAGUCUUCUCCUGCCCAUGCGCAGGGUGUGCGGGUGCGCGCGCUGUAUGAUUACGAAGGACAAGAACAGGAUGAACUGAGCUUUAAAGCAGGUGAUUUCUUAACCAAGAUUGAAGAUGAGGAUGAACAGGGCUGGUGCAAAGGACGUCUGGAGAAUGGGCAGCUGGGCUUGUAUCCAGCUAAUUAUGUAGAAGUUAUCUGAUUAUACCUUGUAUUUAAUGAGCUACUUGUUGCUACUGUAUAUACAUGUUCUAGAUAAUGCUGUUCUUGUUCUGAGGUGAUUUGACAAAUCAUUUCACUUUGUAACUUUUGUUAGUAGAUUAGUGCCCUAUUGUCAUUUGUGUAAAUCAUGCCUCCAUCUGUCAGCUCAAAAGACUGUAUCCCUUUAAUGUGCAGUGUAAAAUACCUAUUUAACAAGAAACCUAUUUAACUUCAAGGUGAGCUCUUUUCCAUUCAUGAAGUGGCACACACUUUGUUCUUGCCAGAAAUUCUCAUUAUUAAUCCAGAUUCUUUGCUCUAACAAAUUGUUACACUUGUAGUUCUGUUGAUUUAAUUCAAAGUAGGGUUAGACCAGUAUCAGUCCCAUAACUGACUGUACAUCACUAGAUUACAGAAACACGCACACAUUUUUCACUACAAGGAGUGGGGAACCUUUAAAUUUCCUUCGCAUUCUUGCAUAUUGCAUUCAAAAAGAUGCUGAAUUAUGUUGGAUACUUGGUGCUUUGAUGCUUUACUUUGUUCCUUGUAGGCUUUUUUUUGACUACUGCAGUUCCAGUGGAAGACCAUUCAUGGGAAUGUCCAUAUUAUGAACAAAGGUUUCCAGUAAUUCUCAUUUAUCUAUUUAAGGGGAUGAAUGUGUUGAUCUAUGCUUACUAAAUAUCCAGUCAUCAACCAAGAAUUCUGCAGCUUUGAUCAGUGAGAGUAAUACUGAUUUGAAAUGUUUGUCACUGAAACCAUUGUUUGAAGAUGGUUCAAGGGCCCAGUUAUUAGCACAAUUGUUUAUUGCAGUGAAUUGUAGCAGUUGAAUACUUGAGGUGAAUUGAAUUCUGAUUAUUUAAGUGAAUACUCCAAUUAUGUAUGAGUUGUGGACUUGGCUUGGGACGAUGUCUGAAGAAUUAAGUACACAGAUAUAAAUUAAAUCUAUGCUGAUAACUGGGCAAAUGAUUGAUGUAAUGCAAUGUUGUUGGUUGUGUUUCCUUUGCCAUUACUUUAAUGUCAGUGUGUUAAUACUGCAGUUAAUCAAAUAUUAAUCCAAAAGUUCCUCUUUGAAAUAAUUGUGCCACUUUUAUGAGGUAGCCAGUAUUGUGUUAGGAAGUGUAGAGCAUUAAUAAGUAUUGCUGUUAAUUGGGUACCAUUUUACAGGCAUGCACUGUAAUGUAGACAUUUUCUAGAAAAUAUUAAGCAUAUUAAGUCUAACAAAUGAAGAGCAUAAUCGACCAUACAACAGUCACGUACAUUGAUGCUUUAAUAUUCAGUUCAGUGAAACGAAGUGCAAGUUGCAUGGCACUCAAAAGAAAGGAUUUGAAAAUAAUCUGCCUGGUCCAGGAUCUUUGCAGUUACAAUGUUCAAGAUCUGAAGUCUACACAGAUUUUACUCUGCUAAACUUGCUGGCUUCUGCCACCAGAGGGCUCAACUGCCUAUCUAUACAUGGCAGCAAAAUGACCAUACCUCUGGAAUAGCAAUCAUUUCCAUUUUUCUACACACACUGUUUGAAAGUUUAGAUUUUACUUCCAGGGUGAUUUUAAAAAAAGAAAACAAGCUUUUUGACCUUGAGACGGAAUGAAGUCUUUACCUUUAUUAGUGUUGGAAUAGAGAUUUAAUUGUAAUUUUAAAGCAAACAGUAACAUUUGAGAACUCUUCCCUUCCUUUUUCUGCCCCUUCAUCUGCAAACUCUGUCCAGAUAUUUUCUUGUUACCUGCUUAUCAAAAUAUUGAACACCACUUUUCCAAAGAAUAAGUCACUUUUUCUAUUUGGACCCAGUUGUCUCAAAAUAAUCAGUACAAAAGAGGAAAUAGAAACACUAAGCCAUCAAGAAUCGUUUUGUUUUGCUAGAUUUGCAAGGGAACUGGAAUGAUUGGCAUGUGCUCCCCUUUUUUGCAUGUGGGCAUUCAUACAGGUCAAGAUUAUAGAGUGGAGAGGGUGUCAGGAAAGUCUUAAGUCAUUGUAUUGCAAGCAAACAUCCAAAAGUAUACGGCACUCUACAAUCGCUGGAGUUACAAACCUACCAACUUCAAAUGGUUUUGUAAAAAAAAAUCUAACUGAAGUCUUUCUAUUCUGAAAGUUACUUGCAUAAUGAAGCCAAGUCUCAAAAGAAUCUCAAAUUUAUAAAACUUCCAACUCUUAAACAUUCUAUUAAAGAGGGUCAAAAAGGGAAAACAUUUGACAUUUAGUUUGUAGUUUAACUUGUGUAUCAUAUGAUUUUUUUUUAAUGUUUGCAUAGUACUUUGAUCUAAAUAUCGGAGGUGAGAAGCAAAUAUGUAACUACAGGUCUUUGUGCGUGGUACAUCUUAUGAGAGCUUCAGUGAUAAUGAGCAGCUAUAGACCAAUUGUCAUUCGUCAUUAUAUCAUAAUAUUUUGUAGAGGGAUCCUUACUUUAAUAUGUUCAAACAUUCACAUUACAAUCUGAGUUGUAAGCAAAUUCUUGCCCUUGUUAAUAUUGCCUCCCACUGCUGAAAGUACACUUAGGCUGGAGGAAGAUGUGGGGAUGGGGAGGAAAAGGAAAGGAAAUUUGGGAAUUGAGUACUGUCUAUUUUAAAAAUUAUUGGUUCAAUUCCCAAAGCAGUUCCAUGAAACAUCCACACUUCGCAUUUAUAGCCAAGUUUGUGAAUACCUUUCCUCAUUCUAUCUCCCUCCACACUUUUAUUUUGUUUGAUACCAGACUAGUCACUCAUUCCUGGUUCCUCAGCCAAAAGCUAGAUUGGUGCCAAAAUGCUUUGCCAUUAUAUAUGUAUGUGUCUACGUGUUCAUAUCCAUAGGAAAAAUGUAUCGUCUUACUUGUAUAUUCACUCAUCCUUUCUCCAGCUUGUUCACUUACUUGAUGUACCCUGACAUUUAAAUGUGCACUUCCAUGUGAAAUCCAUCUGCGCAUUUUUUUUCCAAGUUAUUCACCAGUAUUCAAUAUGAGGAACCAGGAAUAUUUUGCUCUGUAUUGCAGAUUCACACCUAGGUAGAAAACAAGUUGUUUGACAGCAUUCACUUUGUUGUUCCGAUCACUACAUGCACCAUGUAUUUGUUUGACCUGGUAUUUGCCUCAAUGUCCUUGUAAUUAGAUUGUGAUGCAAAUUGUUACCUGUAUGAAUCCAUCAAGACCUCUGCCAUGUUUGAAAAUACCACAAUUAUUGAAGUGCUUUAUAAAUAAGAGUUGCAUGGGGACUGAAUAUGACAGAAAAAUUAAUCAUACAAAUGGGGUGUGGCAUGAAAUCAUUACUGUGCAGUAACUAUCUACUCACUAUCAGCAGUCAUUUGUCAAGUCAAAUAAAUUGAACUAUCCAACAUUUCAAAAACUUAAAAUGUAGUAAAGUGAGAAUCUAGUGCUUCAAAAAAAAGAAUGUUAAUCCAAAUUAAGCAACUUUGAAGUGAGGAACAAGUAGGCUGUGAUUAUAAUGCAAAAGGGGUCUGGUGGCUCAACUCUUUCCUGCUUUAAGCUUUCAACAGAUAUUUAAAGGAAACGUGAGAAACAGGACAGUGAAAUGCAACAUAUUUUUGCCUCAUUGUUCAGCAGUUAAAAGAUUUUUGGAUUUUUCUAUUAAAAAAUUUUGUUCAUAAAUGUAUUGGUGCAGUUCCAGAUCUUAUUUCUGGCAGUUGUCCACCAGUGCCACUCUGAUCCCAGAAACUAGAAAGCUAGCUAUUGGGUGGAUGCAGCUGACUGCUAACUUUUAGUUCUCCAUGGCAAAGUUCCUGAUUUAGGUGGUCAAGUCUUAUUAGUGAAACAGGCAAGUGACAUUUGGACUAUUUGUGAUAUUAAACAAAAAAAAAUUCUUGGCAGCAAGUGUGAAGCUGAAGUGAUGUGAAACUGCCUCCUGAAGGUGAUCUCAGAUGUCUUGCAAAAGUUCACUACAGCACCUUCCAGCAAGUUUGUGCUACAUAGUACAACUGGCUCUGGUGGUGUUCUUACUCGCUUCCUGAAUGGGAUUAAAAUCUAUUGGUGGUAGUCUCAGGUGUAUAAACACAAGUUAAAUAGGUUUCAGCUUUUUAAUAGGUUUUUAAACUCCUGGAGCUGGGAGUUGACUAGAGGAGGUUAUGCACUAUUGAAACAUAUAACUCUAUACUUCACUCUAGUUAAUACAAAGAUGCAGCUGGGAAAAAAAUAUAUAUUUAGUAGAGUAUUUUGUAACCAAAUAUCUAUAAAGAAUAUAUAAUUUUGAAAAAGGAUAGCAUUCCUUGCAGAAGUAUAAAGUGCAGCUCAACUUGCGGAAUGUAAUGCAUUUGCAAUUCCUCAUCAAAAGAUACAUCAUACUUAGAAUUUGAGUAUGUGUAUAUUAGGAAGAGUGGUCGGAAUUAUGCAGAGGAACCUCCCUAACCCAAUGGGUACUAGCCAGCUGAUAAGUGGGUUGCCACUAUUUGCCAAGUUCAGAAUCAAGGCAGAUUGAUUUCAAGCAGAAAGUUAGGUCGAGGUCUGGGAUUUGCUUGGCAAAGAUUAAUUUGAUUCAGUCUUAAAUGACUUUCUACUUAUGAAUGAUAUGCAGGUGUAGAGAGUAAGAAUAGGAGUUGAAUUUAAAUCCAAAUGUCCAUACUUAUUUUAUUUGUAAGUUGUCAAUGGCAGUCUGGUGGCAGCCCCAUCAGUAACUUGGGGUGCGUUCCUGUAAUUCCUACCGACCAUUCUGCUAAAAGCACAAUCUGUGCGUAAUACAAGUUGUUGUUCAUUAAACUGAAAAGGCAGUGUCAGUGCUUAAUACAAAGCCAUUUGUGUGUCAUUGUAGUGACAUGUGGCAGUGCUAUAUUAGAAAUAUUGAUAUACCAUUCUGCAAAUUCAAUUCCAAAUACAUGUACAAAAGUUGCAUAUGAUGCUAUUGUAUAAUCAGUGUAUAUGACUCUAAUUUAACAAGUACCUUGUGAUUGUACUGUGUGGAUAUGUUUGAGCUGAAUUUCCUCUGUAUGAUCACUAUUGUGAAUUGAAAGCUCCUUUCCUUUAAAACCAAUGUUUACAUGCUAAUUUAGCUCUGAUACUACUGAUGUAGUGCCUGUUUGACCAAUACCUGCUGUUAAUGUGAACUGUAUACGAGUCUGUUUGAGCCAUAUUCGUAUGUGGUAUGGAAACUCUUACCCUUUCUUGCAUAGAAUUCUGGUGUGUCAGCUGAGCUCUGCCUCGGUGCCAUGCGUAUUACAUCACAAUGGUGGAGCAGAGAGCUUGUCAGAUCAGUGGGAAGAACAUUCAAGGACUAAGCUGAAUUAAGAAGCGAUUUAUAAAUCUUUAAGGGCAGGGGGUUUAUUAAUUUGGUAUUUUAUGAUGAACUGGGAACCUGAAUUUAAUUCAAAAUGCAGCUGUAGCAAAUGAGCAUUUAUUAAUGCAGGAAAAAGGGAACAAGUUGCUUAAGAAAUUUAUUCAAUAUUAAAGAGGCUUCUAUUUAUAUUCAGACUGCUAGAUGCACCAUUUCUCACUGCAGGAGUUGCUGCUGAUUCCCUAUAAUGAGUGGUAUAUUCUUUGACCAGGAAAGCCAGAUUUCCUACAAAUAACUGGUAUAUAAGUCACAUCUUUGUAUGUUACCUUACACUAGUGAGGUCUGACUACAGUCAACACUUGUAGCUGCAAUGGUGUGAAAUGCUUGCAUGUCUUCCAGGGCUCUAAGCAAAGUGCACUGCAACAUGUGUAGGGCAUUGUGUAGUUAAUCUAGGUCCUGGUUCAAUUAAGGGAAAGUUUCUUCAAUGAGCUGUUUAUGAAUUUUUUAAAAAUCUUAACCAAAUAGAGGUGGAGCCAUGGACUAUUGCCGGACAAGUAAUCAAUUGUUUUUGAAGUCUGAAUUUCUGAAACUUUAACUUCCUUCUAGUCCCUUCCCCUAAACAAAUAGUAGCUAUAACACAUGAGCAUUAGGUCUUUACUGAUUUUUGGUAAAUCGCUGAAUGCAUCCUCUGGCAGAUUCCAGAAUAUUGAAGAUUUGAAAUGUCAUGUUGAAUGAGAUCAUGUAGCUGACUCCACAAUAUUCCAGGAAAGUGCAACAAGCUGAAUCCAUGUUAUUGUGGCUUUGGUUGGAUAAAUUCCUUGUGUUGUAUGCUCCACAUGGCUAAGAAAGUAGUCACCCUUAUUGAUAUCACCUGAGGACUUCUGAUUAAAACAAAACUCAAUAAAGAGAAUAUUUUA